ACAACGUGCUCCACGCGUGUUUUUCAAAAAGAGCCGUGUGUGAGUUUUCCUUUUUUCGAUAAAUGAGCCGCAAAAAUGCUCGUAACCGAUAUAAAUAAUGUGAAAAUCUACAACUUAAGCGGUGGCAAGUCCGUGCCAGAAUGGCUGUUGGAUAGGAAAAAGAAGCAAGCCUCGAAAAAGCAGCCGGCCGACGCGAACCGGCGCAUCGAGCUGAUCCAGGACUUUGAUAUGCCCGGUGUGGCGACCGGCAUCGCGAUUUCUCCGGAUGGCCAGUACAUUUUGGCUACGGGCACGUAUAAACCGCGCGUCAAGUGCUUCGAGGUGAGCAAUCUAUCGCUCAAGUUCGAGCGUUGCUUCGACUCGGAGGUAGAGAAAUUUGCAAUUCUCGGUGAGGACUUCGGGAAGGUGGCGUUCUUGCACUCGGAUCGGUACGUCGAGAUACAUGCAGCACCAGGUCGUCAUUAUCGACUGCGCAUACCGCGCUUCGGACGAGAUUUGGUGUAUCACACGCCGACCUGCGAUCUGCUGAUGGUCGGUACGUCGCCCGAUAUCUAUCGGUUGAACCUCGAACGUGGCCAAUUCCUACUUCCCUACACAACGUCUGCGAGCGCCAUCGAGAGUGUCACGGUCAACCGGGAGCAUCAGCUGAUCUGUGUCGGUACGCAAGAUGGUACGAUCGAGGCUUGGGACUACCGUGAUAAGGCCAGCUGUGGGUCGCUGGAUGUGGCUUCGAGUUUACCCGGUAGCAAGGAGGUGGCUUCGAUUACAGCAUUAGAAUUCAAAAAUGGACUUACGAUAGCCGCCGGUACAUCUACUGGACACGUGCUGUUGUACGAUAUCCGUGCCCGCAGUCCACUGGCCGUGAAGGAUCAUCUUAAUCAGCUACCGAUCAAGAAGAUUCGGUUCCAGGGCGAUCAAAAGAGCGUGUACUCGCUGGAUGCGGCCAUGCUUAAGAUUUGGGACGAAACGACGCUGAAGCAGAAGGCAUGCAUCGAAUCGAGCAGUAAUUUUAACGAUUUCGCUCACUUUCCCGGGAGCGGUUUGUUCCUGUUUGCCCAAGAAGACACGAAAAUGUUGCCGUACUAUGUGCCGAACGAGGGACCGGCACCGCGCUGGUGCUCUUUCCUUGACAAUCUCGUGGAGGACAUCGAGUCCGAGACGGUGCAGAACCUGUACGAUGAUUACAAGUUCAUCACGAAGCAAGAGCUGGCUGAUCUGAACCUCGAGCACCUGGAGGGUACCAAGAUGCUACGAGCGUAUAUGCAUGGUUUCUUCAUCGACAUUCGACUAUACAAGCAGGCCAAAUCAGUCUCGGAAACGUUCGCCUUCGAUGGGUUCCGCAAGGAGAAGAUCCGCAAGCAGAUCGAAGCCACACGCCCUGCUCGUAUUCAGCUGAAGGCGACCCUGCCCGAGGUGAAUCGCGAGCUGGCUAAGCAGCUGAUGGAGGAGGAACACAUGAAGAGUACGAAACGAAGCGCCAUUGCGAAGGGAUUGUUGAAGGAUGAGCGUUUCAAGGGCAUGUUUGAGAAUCCAGACUUUGCGAUCGAUAAGGAAGCGAACGAGUAUCGCAUCCUGAGUGCCGUGUUGCAGCGCUCCGAGCGAGAUAAAGCACGACGCAAGGAGCAGGUGCAACUGAUCACCGACGAAGGAGAGGACUCCGAUGAAGGCAGUACGGAUGAUGAUCUGUACAGUGAAAAGAGUGAAGCGAGUGAGAAAGAGGAAGACGAUGAACCGGAAGACGAAGAAAUGAACGAAAAACCCUCCAACGCCUCGAGUUACAAGAAGGCAAAGACGAUCGUAAAGGCUAAUGGAUCCAGUAACGGUAGUACUGCCCGUAAGGAGACAUCUACACGUCCGGGUGCUGCGGAUGCUAGCGACGAUGCCGAUGGGUUCUCGUUGGACGUUGAGGAAGGAGCCAACUUUAACAUUAUUCAACCGUCGCGUAAACUGCAAAACGUAUCGCUUGGAAAGCGUGUGACGAAGCUCGAUCACACCACAACCACCACUCAGUUCGACAAUGGUAUCGGAAAACGGGAAAUUACGUUCACCGCCAGUGGCCGCUCACGAGGCAGCAAAGGAGAGGAUCGCGAUCGGUCACGUUACCAGGCGACACUGAAGAAACACAAGGAAGAGCGACGCAAAGUCAUACGAUCAGCCAAGGGUGUCAUCAGAAAGCGAACGACGAUGAAAAAGUUCUAGACCGUAGCUUGUUCCGUGUGUAGUCUGGAUCACAAAGAAAUGUUUAUUAAUAUAAAGUUCGAG